AUGUUAGGAGGAGUUACAAGAACGACAACCUCUUUGAAACAUGAUUCAACAAGUUACAAGAGACUAGUACCAGAAUAUUUUCGUAGGAUAGCACACUAUCCACAGAUGGACAUGGAAUAUACCUUUUGGAUAAUGUUUUAUCUAUGCUUUAAUCCAUCAAGAGUCUAUAGGACUACUUCUUGGCAUAAACAGACAAAAAAUCAAUGGGCAAGAGAUGAUCCUGCAUUUGUAGCUAUACUUAUAUUCUUCAUGUCGAUUGCAUCUAUGGCAUAUUCUAUUGCAUUCCAUUCUCUCUGGAUCGAUCGUAUAUUAAUAACUAUGUUUUGGGCUGUAUUUUUCGAUUUCAUAGCAAUUGGUUUGGCGGUGGCUACGAUUGGAUGGUGGCUAUCAAACAAAUUCCUCAGAGAAUCGGCUCAUCAUCAUAGUGUCGAUCAAAAGGUUGAAUGGUAUGAAAAAGAAAAAGAAAAAGAAAAAGAAAAAGAAAAAGAAAAAGAAAAAGAAAAAGAAAAAGAAAAAGAAAAAGAAAAAGAAAAAGAUGAUGAUUAUCUAUAUUACUUUUUAUUACCAAUUUUAUUAUCAAGAACUUCAUUGUUAUCGACCAUAUUAUCAAAUACAUUAUUUUUAGUGGCUAUUAAGUAUCAAAUGGAUGAUCGACACCCAAGAGAAGGAAUUGUAUUAUGUCUCCAGAUUGGUGUUCAUGUCGACCAAUCUGGAACUCAUCUUCUUGAGGGAGCUGAAAUUCUCUACUUUUCAAAUCGUAUUGAUGGUACUGCUUUGGGGGAGCGGUGGUGUCAGCCAAAUGAAAGACCAACAGUUUGGUCUUGA